AUGUCGCAGACGUUCUCGUACGAUGCCAAAACGGUGAACGAGCAACCGCUGUUCGAGUUCGGGGCCAGCUAUACGCCGCGCGUAUCUUAUCACUAUAAUUCGCGAGUAUCUCAGUACCACUAUGGCGUCCGUCACCCCAUGAAGCCGUUCCGGCUGAUGCUGACGGACCACCUGGUGUCGCGGUACGGGCUGCACAAGGUGAUGGACCUAUACGAGACGCGGGCAGCGACGAAGGAGGAGGUUCUGGCAUUCCAUGCGCAGGAUUAUGUGGACUUCCUGAGUCACGUGGCGCCGGAGAACCUCAACAAGCUGCCGCGGGGCUCGCUGGAGAAAUUCAACAUCGGGGACGACUGCCCAAUCUUUCAGGGUCUGUUUGAAUACAGCAUGCUGUACGCCGGGGCGUCGCUAGACGCGUCGCGCAAGCUGAUAAACGGGCAGUCAGAGAUCGCGAUCAACUGGUCGGGCGGGCUGCACCACGCCAAGAAGAGCAAUCCUUCGGGGUUCUGUUACGUGAACGACAUUGUUCUGGCGAUUCUGAAUCUGCUGCGCUACCACCCACGCGUUCUGUACAUUGACAUUGAUCUGCACCACGGAGACGGUGUCCAAGAAGCAUUCUACACUACUGACCGCGUGUUCACGGUCUCGUUCCACAAGUACAAUGGUGAGUUUUUUCCGGGAACGGGGGAUUUGGAUGAGAUCGGAUGCUCGCGCGGCAAGCACUUUUCGCUGAAUGUGCCGCUCAAUGACGGCAUCGAUGAUGAUUCGUACAUCAACUUAUUUAAGAGCAUCAUAGACCCGCUAGUUACAUCAUACAAGCCAACAGUAAUUAUUCAGCAAUGUGGAGCAGACUCUUUGGGGCAUGACAGACUGGGGUGUUUCAAUCUAAAUAUCAGAGCCCACGGCGAGUGCGUCAAGUUUGUGAAGUCGUUCGGGAUACCUAUGCUAUGUGUCGGUGGUGGAGGUUACACCCCCAGGAAUGUGUCGCGGCUAUGGACGUACGAGACAGGCAUCCUUAAUGAUGUGCUCUUACCUUCAGAUAUCCCAGAAGAUAUUCCGUUCCGCGAAUGGUUCGGUCCAGACUAUUCUCUGCACCCGGUCUUGGAUGAUUUAUACGAAAAUAAAAACUCCAAGAAGUACUUGGAGAACAUACGGAUCCGGUGUCUAGAAAACAUAAAGUAUCUGCAGGGGGCGCCAAGUGUGCGCAUGGAUGCGGAGCUGAUCCCUACUCAGGAUCUUCCAGGUUUAACAGAAGAAGAAGAAGAUUUGAUACGGGAACUAAACCAAGAAGAUGAUUCCUAUAGGCUAGAGCAGAUUGAAAAGGACAAUGUUAGGCGCGGCGAGCUAUUGUAA